GCAUUCACACAAGGAGCGCGAAGAGUUUAGAAAAGAAACAAGAAAAUGGCGAGCACGGAAUACCCAACACAUUAGCUUGUUUGAUAACGUAUGAACCUUAGUAUAACAAUGUAAAAUUACAUCGUGAUAAUUGUGCGUUUGAUUUAUGUUCAAAACGAUGGAUUUUCAGUAUUUUAGUUUUGAAUGAAGCAGCUGUAAGUUCAGCUAGGAAAGUGAGCUAACGCUAAUGUUAGGUCUACAAACGUUAGUGUAGAUGGCCACCGUGCCACUAGGUAAACAAGCUAGCAAGCUUAUAGUUUGUUUAGCAAAGGCAAUAUGUUUGGCCAAUACGUCUACAUCUAUGAGUAAUCAUUUUGUGUAGCUUUAUAGACUAACCAUGGCCCUGCACAACUUGGUAUUCGUCAUUGACGUGGACGCCGAAGACCAAGAAUCAACCGCACUGCUGGACAUCAGAAAGCACACAGUGAAACGUAGACUUCUACGCAUUCUUCUGUAUUUUGGCUUUAAAUAUGGAUUUGAGAAGAUACGUUGGGGUUACAAAUUCUUCCAGUCAAGAACUGGUCGCAAUGCCCACCUAAUAUCCAGGGUAUCAGACUUCAAGGAACUCCGAGACAAGACUUUUGAGGACUUUGAAAUGGAAUUUGAUACCAGGUUGGAGAUGACGUUUAAGAAAGUCACAACACAUCUACGGAAUCGCCUCAACGCAUCAGGGAUGGUUCAAAACGCAGUCAAAGAGGCUCUUCUGGAUUUCCAAUGGGAUCGUCCGGACAUCACCUCUCCAACCAAAUUGUCCUUGAGACCGAGAAAGUCUAACCGAGGGGGCAAGGUAGAGAUUUCCAGCGAGGACGAUACCGCAGGAAAUGGCAGAAAUGUGGUGUUUGUUGUCUCGGAUUGUCCACAUUCGAAGGAGCAGCUGGGGGACUAUUUGUCUAUUCCUAUGGGUGACAUGGACAGGGACCUUUCGGAGAUUGUCAUAUCCAGAGGAAUCCUUGAAAUGUUGGCGCAGCGAAAAGUUGUGCUGCACUGGAUCGACAGUAGCUCGCAUCGAAUGGUGGUGAGGAGCCCAGACCACCUUGGGGCUGAGAAGCUGACAGAGGUACUGUCGCACUUGGGCGGUAGAAUGAUUCCCAUGGACGCGCUUUGGAAUUUUGGCUCCAUUCGACGGCCCUGCGAUGGGACAUGGGGCCCCAGUAGGGACACCCUUCCCCUGGAGUCCAGCAUCGGAUACCUGCUGUCAUCCCAGCAAUUCUACCGCUCAGCCUUUCCUCUUGUGGGAGGGACACUACAUUGGGGACAAGAACACGUCUCCCAGAGCUGCAGCAUCUGGAUGGAACCCGUGACCAGCAGUCAGAGACCUCUUCCCCAGCCGUCAGCUGUGGUGGUCCGAGGGGUGCUCCAGGGGUGGGAGGCCUCCGUGUCACUGAGCCAUACCGCUGCCCCGGAGGCCUGGGUGUUGCAGUCCUCCAGCACCAGCAGCCAGGAACGGGCCCCCCUUCAGCACCUCCUGAUGGGGCUCUCUGCCCAGAACCUGAGCUUGUUUGCUGAAGUCAACGACGGGCCCCUGGUUUGCAUGGCCGUCCUCUCGCCGCUGUCGGCCUGCACGGCCCUGCUCACUGUGUCUCGGCCAGACAGCCGGCUCCACGGCCCGCAGGACGUCGCCCCUGGCCCUGAGGACGGCCGUGCAGAGCUCCCACUGGUGGUCAGCAGUGUCCUGGGGGUGGUGCGCGACAUCAUGGAGAAGGAGGGAGAUGGCCCUCCCAGUGAAGCCCCGCUCCCUGAAUGGGCCCAACAGGAGCUCAGCCAUUGUUCCAGUCCGAUGAAGACCGGACUGGUGGAGAGUUGGUUUCCUCAGUCAGACCAAUCAGGAGUCAGCUCACACUUGAUGGAGUCAAUGAGGCUGCUUCAUGCUGCCAGUGAGCAGCACGAGGAGGAGGAGGAAGAGCAGCGGUCUGACCUCCAACAGGAGCUGGUCCAGAGUCUGGCUGAACUCUACCACACCUCCCAGGGCGGGGCUGACCAGAGGAGCCAGAAACGUGGCGCCCAACGCACGCCCGUGAAGCAGAAGAUGAAGACCAUGAACCGCUCCCUGCAGAUGCUCAAUGUGGCCCGUCUCAACGUGAAGGCCCAGAAGAGCCAGGGGGAGGCGGACCUGCAAGCGGGCGAGCCCCGGGGAGCGGACAGACACGGGAAGAGGCGCUCCAGUGACAAGGACAAGCCCGGGGCGGAGAACCAUCCCACCUUCCAGAGUGAGCUGGAUCUCCUGAAGCACCUCAAGUCAAGUUAUGACAAGACUGUGGAAGAGGGAGGGCCAUCCCUUUUCACUGGAGUCCAGCAACUCAUAUUUUCCAUCAAAAUAUUCCACGUUGCCAAGCCCGAUGACGGGGUAAAGAUGCACCUAUUCGUCCAGGAGCACCUUCUCAAGACCAGUAAAUCCAUCCGGCAAUUCUAUGGCAGCGCCCCCGACGAGGAUAGCAAAGUCAAAGAAUGUCAGCUCCAGGCUCUGCUGAGGCUAGAGUUGUUUAAGAGCCUCCCUACCGACCACUUGGACUCGUCUGAAGCGGAGCUCAUGGUGGAAGAGGUGGCUGAUAUGCUGAGGAUCAUCUCCCUGACUAAAGAUCCAGUUUUCCUCACAAGAUUCAUGCAGGAUCAGAUUCUCCCAUGGUGCCUGACCUCCAUCCCCAGGACCCUUGCCGAGGUCUACCACAGUCUGGGCACCCAGCUCCCCGAAGCCCUUUUGGCCGUGCUGCCGUCUGACUUCUUCAGUGACGAGUCGGGGGCCAAGGACAGCGAGUCCCCUGCGGCCUCCUCCCUGCCCCCCUCCGUCUCCUACAGCCAGGCCUCAGACGGCGGGGGGCGUCUGGAGGACUUAAGGAGCCUCUCUGCCACCAACAGGAGGAGUGGGAUGUUGACCCGCCAUCGCAGCAUGACUGAAUCGUCCCAGACGCACCGGCAAAUCGAGAUACCAAAAAAGACCACUCGAGCUACCAAAUCCAAGCAGAGCAUUGCAUUGGAGCAGCCAGUUGAAGAGGCACCACCUCAGAAGCAAGCAGCACAAGAGGUGACUAAGGUGAGGAGAAACCUGUUCAACCAAGAGACUGUCUCUCCUUCCAAGAGGGCCAAGCUUCCAAGGAGUCAGUCUGUCUCUGCUGUGGACAGACUGAAGCGCAAACGCUCCCAGGAAUUAGAAGAACACCACAAACUUCUCACCAAGAAAGUGUGUGAGACACCCCAUCACAAGCAGGUGUCCAGCCGCUUGCUCUACAGACAGCGGAUGGGAAGGAGAUCUGCCCCAGCAGAGGAUUGCAUUGUGGAGGAGUCUCCUGUUAAACCAGCAGAAGACCUGAGAAGAAGCCCAAGGAUAAAGAGGCUUGCAAGAAGACACUCCACAGUCUUUUACUCAAGUUCUCAGCCUCGUUCAAGGAACCUGGAGAAGGCACUCUCGGCCUCGCAGCUCACCCUGGACAAAAGAAGAGUCGGAGUCGACUUGAAGAAUGUCCGGUCACCAAUGCGUCUUCUUUUUGGGGCGACUCAGUCCCCGUCCCGGGCCGGCUGUUCCUUUGGGUCUAUCACAACCAGGGCCAGUCGAAGGCGGCUAUCCACGGACGCUGAUGUCUUUGAGAGUCCAAUGAAAACUUCAGCAAGGUCACCUAGUAAUCAUGGAAACAAGGCACCCAGGAGCCCGCAGACCCCGAAGGCCCUACUGGCACCCAGGAGCCCGCAGACCCCGAGGGCCCUACUGGCACCCAGGACCCCGCAGACCCCGAGAGCCCUACUGGCACCCAGGACCCAGAGGACCCCGCAGACCCCGAGUGCAGUACAGGCAGCCAGGACCCCUCAGGCAGCCAGGACCCCUCAGGCAGCCAGGACCCCUCAGGCAGCCAGGACCCCUCAGACACCCAGGACCCCUCAAACACCCAGGACCCCUCAGGCCCCCAGGACCCCUCAAACACCAAGGACCCCUCAGGCAGCUAGGACCCCUCAGACACCCAGGACCCCUCAGGCAGCCUGGACCCCUCCUGCACCAAGAACCCCUAAGGGACCUCAGUACUUCAGGGGGCAUUUGCGCUCUGUCACCACGAGCCCCAGAGUGGGUGGGUCUCAGAGCGCUGUGGCUCUUAGGGGCAGUCCUUUCAGGUCCCCAGCCAGUCGGUCACUGGUCCUAGAGAGUCCACCAAAGGAAGACCCUUUGAAGAGCCCAUUGAAGGGCAUCCUUAGGACUCCAGUCAAAGCAUUGCAGCAGGGCUUAUCCCCCUCCAGACCCUGCCAGACAAUAAGCCCCACAUGCAGGACUCCUAAGAAGAGUGUCACCUGGUCCCCGUCUCCACAGAACCCCAGAGCGCUGGGAACCGAUGCGGCGUUCAAAGUGCCUGAUUCACCCCACACUUCUGGCAAAGGCUCUCCAACAUUGCUGAACACGCCAAACAAGUACAACAGCCCGUUUGAAAAUCAUAGGGCUGUUGGUUUUAAGACCCCAGAAAAAUGUGCAUUUCAGAUGGGCCAUGGCUGUCAAGUAAUUUCAGAAAUGACUCCUGAGAAAAGACCCAGUGUCGAAACGACCCCACAGAAAAACGAUCAAUACCGAAGGUCGUCUAAAAGACUUGUCACCAUGAACACACCUGAAAAGGACAGCGCUACUGAAGCACUUUUUAGUCCCAUGGUUACCCCUCUAAAAUGUAACCUGCUUAUAGACCUCUUCCAAUCUGAGCCUGAUCAAACCGUUACGAGCACUAUUCACAAAAUAAAUACUCGCUCCCAAAGAACUCCUGUUAAAAACUCAGUAACAUCUACAUCCAAGGCUGUAUCAACAACAGUUAGUGCCGCUAUAUUGGAAAUAGUUCCGAAGUCUCCAACUGCAAAUCGUAGCAGGUCUAGCCAUGUAGUUAAAAGUGGAAUUAGGACAAAUUUGAGGUCCCAGGUAAGUCCUAGUUGUACAGUGACUAGUGACUCUUUUGAGAAGGACGGCAUACGUUUAGAAACGCAUGAUGAAAAGCUUUGUGUUGUAUUGUCUCAAUGUCCCGAAGCAGAGUCUGGUUCCCAUUCUGAAUCCCAACAAUUGGACUCGUCUCAGUUUAGCGCUAACACAAUAACCUCUGAAGAAGAUAGCAUAGAAAUAACCGAUGCCGCUGUUGUUAGGACUCAACUUACUGGAGGUCUCAAAAUGAACAUAAGCUUUACCAGGAAGCCUUCAAAGUCGGGGGAUGUAUUGAAUUGCACGGAGGCCUCUCCCAAGCAGCCUUUGCCAAACCAGGAGACACCAGGACGAAGCUACGGUUUCCGUCGGACACCUGACCGGCAACAGAGGGAGGCGGCAGCGCGGUUAGGCUACGCCAACGAUCCGCCUCGGUUCUCCACCCCGCGGAGCGCCGCGCCCCCUGGGAGACACACGGCCGCCCCCAAGCCUUCGUCCUACCACGUCGAAUUGGACAUGCCGACGUCGGGGCUUCCCAAGCUCAAAUUCCGACGCGCUGACUCUUUUGUCUCUGACGAAGGGGGUCCAGGAUCAGGAGCCCACAGCCCUACCGUGGGGCUGAGGCACAUGGAAAGCCCACUGGCUUUUUGUUCCAAACACAAAGAGGCUGGCUGUGUCUCACCCUCCCUCUGCAAUCGGGCCACCCCAGCAAAAUGCACACCUGGCAAAAGUGCAAGCAUCCAAACGCGUAUCUGCCAAUCCUACACCCCUACACGCCACGCCACAUCAACAAUGGCUCCAUUUGCUAUGGCUGACCUGAUCCCCUUAACGCCUUCGCCUCAGAGGGCAGGGAGAUCUACCCCAGACCACCUAAACGGCUGGCCUCGGAGGAGGAGAGCCAAAGCUGGGCUAAUAGCAGGCAAAGAGGGUGUCCUGAGGGGGGAACCACUGAUGGAGGAACUCCUGGAAGAGGCUGAGCUUGGAGUAAGCAGGCUACUGGACAGUGAGGACAUUGAUGAGCGUUCAGGCAAGAAGGUUGCAUUACAAGGCAUGGCCUUCACGCAGUUCCCUUUUAUUGGAGGAGACGAGUCCCCGCUCUCGAGUUACAUGGACCCACUAGCUGAUGAGGCACAGCCAAGGACAUUUGAAGAUUGCAAGAUAUGGGGAGCUGGAAAUGAAGACACUCCUCCCAGCUCAAAGAUGAGGAAAACGGUGACGCCAAGUGGGAUUAUGGCGCUGACGCAGUCCCCUAUGUUAUUCAGGGGAAAGAAAGGGUCUGCUCGCAAGAGAACCCUCAACAGGAAAGAUGAAGCUGCAAUGGAAGUACUAGCCAGUUAUGAGGAGGGGAAGUCUCCAUUCAGUCAGCCCAGCAGUCAGCCAGCCGCUGGGAAGGCGUACAGCAGAAAGAGACUACUGUCCUGACCACGCUCUAUCCAGGACUUCUCUGCUCUGAUCCUUCAACUCCCUUUACAACAUUUGACAUGACGCCUGUCAUGUUUUUAUUCUUUUGCCAAGGUCUAUGAUCUCAAAAGCAUCCGUAACGAUUAUUAUUAUCGAUAUUUGAUUCCAACCCUCGUUAUUAUCUAAUGUCUAUUUCUAACUAAUUGAAAUGCAUAUUUGUUUUGAGACUCAUGUUUAUUUAUUUGUAUAUUGUUCUGUUUGGUCGUUUUAAGGUAAGGGGAGUAGUGAUUGGGUAGAAUUAUUGUAAAUAUAUAUUGUCAGUCUUUUGAAAAUAAAACUUAACAAUUUAA